AUGUCGUUGCCUGCUGCUGAGGUGGCCGCCGACUUUCGCGACGCUCUACAAGAUCUGAGGAUGAACAGCAGGCCAGAGAUUAGCAAUCUAACCCUCAUCGCGAAGGAGAACACAGAGUAUGCGCAGGCGAUUUCGACUGAACUUGAGAACCACAUCCGAACAACUCGUCCAGAGUGGAAGCUCCCAUCUCUCUACGUCCUCGAUUCCAUUGUCAAGAAUGUCGGCACCCCGUACACUGUUUAUCUCGGACGUAACCUCUACCGCACAUUCAUGGACGCGUACCUUGUAGUGGAUCAGGCCACGCGUAAGGCAAUGGAAGGUCUGCUAAGAACAUGGAAGCAGUCCGUGCCUGAGUCGAUGGAAACUCGUCCUGUCUUCCCUGCCAACGUCACCGGAGAUAUUGAGAAUGCUGUCAACAAGAUUCGUACAGUUGCCGCCCAGACACAGGUCCCACGACCGAUGCAUGCCCUUCCCGCACGACCACCUUCGAACGUGGCAUGGAGAGACACAUCAACACCACCACAGAAUCUGCCUCGAUACCCUGCUCCAAAUGACCCUCGUCGACCAGCAGGUUUCCCACCAACUCCUCAAUACGGUGCAUCAAUGCCUGUGGCUACACCACCCAUGCCUUUCCAGCAGCAGUUCAAUAGCCCUCAGCCAAUGUCGUCGGUUGAUCUAGCUGACCUAAAGGCCGAGCUCGCCCAGCUCGUUGCUACCACGCAGACCUCGUUUGCCCACAACCCUGCUGAUAGAGACAUCCAAACAAAGCUGCAGGCUCUUCUCUCACUCAAGCAGAUUCUCGACACUCAAACGCUGCCACCACAGCAGCUAGAAGCUGUACGUAAGCAAGUUCGGUCUCUGGCGCCAACUCCAGCACCCUUGCCAGCAUUUGCGCCCCCAACACCGCUACAAGGCUUCCCUCAGCAUGGCAUUCCGCCGGGCUUUCCUCCUGUCGGUGCUCUACCCGCGAGCGCACCGCCAAACAUCGCACAACUACUGGCCGGCUUUAGGCCGCCCGUGCAAACAACACCACAGCCUGCGCCGACCCCGCAACCUCCAACAUUCAACCUCGCUGAUCUUCUGAAGCGCGUCUCGUCACCUACACAGUCAUCGUCUGUACCAGCGCCCGCGCCAUUUCAGCCUCCACCCUUCACCGGCUUCCCACCACCCAUCACGACACCUGUUCCCGCCCCUGCAGCAGCAGUUCCUCCAGCAGCAGCGAACCCUACAGCGAACCUAGCAGCACUACUUGCACAGUUCAACAAGCCUGGAGCUGUACCACCUCCUGUGCCGGCCACACCAGUGCAGCCUAUGGCAACUCCUCAGCUGCCUCCACAGUCAGCAAGUUCAGGGCCUGCGCCUGGCAGUGCGGAAUGGUUGCUCGCUGCUCUAGGCGGUACGUCCAGAGGCACGCCGGCAAACGGCACUCCAUUCGCCGCUCAGCCGAUGGCAAGGCAGAUCUCAGCGCCCACGAACGUUCUAAACGAUAUCGAGUUUACCACCGCAUCCAUGAAGAAACCUCGUCUCCACCUCAUAUCCCGCCUGUACGAGGUGAAGCCCAACAUUUGCGCAACCUGCGGCCGCCGUUUCGAGAACACACCUGAGGGCAAGGAAAAGAAGGCCCGACACAUGGACUGGCACUUCAAGGUCAAGGACCCCGACGCGGCCAAGCGUGGUGUGCAUCGCAGUUGGUACAUGUCAGAGAAAGACUGGAUUGAUUACCGCGAAGUGGAUGAGACAACACCCGCCACCAAUGCCGCGACGACGAACAGCGUUGCAAAGCCCAAGAGGCAGGCGAAGGAUCGCUACGUGCUUGUUCCUCAAGACCCAGCACUACAGCAUGCGCCUUGCCCUAUCUGCCAGGAGAAGUUCGAGACGCAGUGGAACGUCGACGCGAAUGACUUUGUCUGGAUGGACGCACUACAAGUUGGCGGCAAGAUCUAUCAUGCGACCUGCUUUGAAGAGUACAGUAAGGGUGCUGGUAUACCGAUGCCGAGCACACCUGACUCGGUCCUGGGGAAGAGGAAGGCCGAGAAUGGUGUGGGGGUUGAGGGGAAGAAGGUUAGGUCUUUCUGA